AUGUCUCCAACCACACACGUGUAUGGAGGAGUUGAAGGGGGCGCCACCAACACUAAGCUGGUUAUUGUGAAUGCUGAAGGCAAGAUUGUUGGCCGAAGUGAAGGUGAAGGUACCAAUCAGUAUUUGAUCGGCGUUGAUGAGUGCAUCAGACGUGUCCAUAACCUUGUACAGAUAGGACUGAGCAAUGCUGGCCUGCCAACAGAUACUGUAUUGGAGGGGCUGGGCAUGAGCCUGAGCGGUGGCGAUGAGGAACCAGUUCAGCUGUCAAUGUCUGAGGCCGUACGCAGAAACUAUCCCAACCUGACCAAACAUGUGUUUGUUGGCAGUGACACACGGUCAGCCCUGGCUAGUGCUCUACCCACAGGAGGUGUGGUGUUGAUCUGUGGAACAGGCUCUAACUGCCAGCUGAUCAAUCCUGAUGGAACCAUGGCCAGGUGUGGGGGCUGGGGUCAUUUGAUAGGAGAUGAGGCCUCAGCGAUCUGGAUAUCUUUGAGAGCUGUGAAGAUUCUGUUUGACCAUGAAGACAACUUUAUACUGUCCCGGCACAGCACCGACCUACUGAAGGAAACCAUUUAUGAGUAUUAUCAGAUACAGUCACAAGCAGAAGUCUUGGAUCAUUUGUACACCAAUUUUGACAAAGCCUAUUUUUCUGGACUUUGUAGAGAAUUGGCAAGAGCUGGUCUGGAGAAGGGCGACCCGCUGUGCUGUAGCAUCUUCAAGGAGGCAGGUCGAUUGCUUGCCAGACACUUAAACGCAAUCUCAGGGAAGAUGAGCAAGGAUCUGAAGACAAGAGAAGGUGGACUGCCUGUUGUCUGUAUGGGCUCUGUGUUUAACAGCUGGACACUCCUGGAGCCAGGUUUUGUUGAGGAAUUACGCUCAAGAGUUGCUGAAACAGGAAUCCGAGAGAUCACCCUGCGCCGCCUGAAUGCUGAGGCCACUGUUGGAGCUGCAGCACUCGGAGCCAAGGCAGCUGGAAAAGAUCUGCCUAUUGACUAUUCCCAGAAUUCAACAGUGUUUUUCCACACACAAUUUUGA